CGGGAGUUUCCCGCCCCAAGUCCUCAAUUUUCAUAACAGUAAACAAAACUUGUGAACUUUUAAUAUUUUUCGUAAAUUAGCUAUAUACAAUACGAGGUCCUUCAUUUCAAGCGCCAUGGCAGAGUGUGAAACAGAAUAUGACUUAGACACAUUAACAGCAAUGCUGGAUGAUGAUGAUGACACAGAAGGAUGGACUGGGGAGCACAUGUCAGCCACUCCAAAGCAAGAGGACCCUGAAUCAGAAUUGAACAUCUUAACAGGAAUGCUAGAUGAAACUGAAGCUGAGGAAAACUGUCCAUCACUGGCAGUUCCUUCCAAGGAUUCACCAAAUAAUACUGCAGCUGAUCUAGGUCUUACUUUAUCAGAUGAAGAUGAGGAGCCCCCUUCCAGUAGCCAAAAUUCAAGUUUUAGUUCUGCCUUUGCCAAUUCCAGGUUUUCACGUAAAGGAGAAUGUAACCAGAAGCCAAGUAGUGAAACUACCACAGAAAUUGAUCCCCUUGAGAUGGAGCUGAGGCAAAUAGAGGAGCGCAUGAAACUGCUUAAGGAUCAACUGUCAAAAAAGAAAGGGCUGAGUCAUGGUGCAGAGGCUGAAUCCAGUAAACGAUUCACCAAACUAACAAAUAUUUCAACAGUAUCAAAAUCCACUGUCAGAACUCUUACUGAGAAAGAGGAGUCAGCCUUAUAUAAAAAAUAUGGUAAGAAAAGCAUCAGUCAUCAGGGGGACACAGAUUCUGAAGAUGAAGAAGAUGAAAGGAAUCCUAUGGAGCAGAAGUACAAUAGCUUUGGACGGGAAAUCAAGAAAAGGAUUGCUCAUGAGGCUAGUGAAAAACAGCAGAAUAAUAAUUCUGCAGAAAAGGCAUGAGAAGUACUCUCACGUGUUAAAGUUACUUCAAACAGCUCAAGGACGGGCUGGAAAGGUGUGGAUGGAGGGUCACUUGUUAAUCUAAAGCAGGCAGGGACUAGUAAGGUGGUACCUGAGGUGGAUAAGAAUGUGACUGUUGACUUUUACUCAGGGAUAAGAAUUAUGUGAGAAUCCUUGAUCACGGCUGACGUCAUGCGAGAGAGAAUGGAUGGUCGCAAAAUGGUACGGAUGUCAUCCAUCAACUUGCAUGUUCGCUGUGGGGAAAUUGAGGGUGACUGGGUCACGAUAGGAGUUCUAGUAUCAAAAGGAGAACCCAGAACUUCCCAGAAGGGUACACAGUAUUCAAUAUGGAAAUUGAGUGACUUACAGGAUUGUACUAAGACAGUAGCGCUGUUCCUUUUCAACAAUGCCCAAAAGAACUUGUGGAAACAUAGUGUUGGUACGGUUAUAGGGUUGCUCAAUCCAGCUAUUUUGAAAGAUCGACAAGGUGAUAAAAACACUGAUAUUCUCACACUUUCAAUUUAUGACUCGAACAAAGCUAUGAUUAUGGGCAGCUCCAAAGAUUUAGGAUGGUGUAAGGGCAGGACAAAGACAAAUGGGUUCUGCAAAUAUUUUGUCAACAAAUCAUCUUGUGAGUUUUGCAUUUAUCACAUCCAAAGAGAAUAUCAAAAGUCAUCUUCAAAACGGGCAGACCUUCAGUCAUCAUUCAACAGGGUAGAUCCAAAACGGCGGUUGCAGGAGAAGGUCCUUGGCAAAGAUCAGGUUUUCUAUGGAGGUCAGCUCUACACUGCUCCUUCCCCUGGUAGUCAAAAGAAGCAGGCUAAAGCCAAUAAGGGUAAAGAUUUGGCUACACUUAACUCUCUUAAAUUGAAAAUCAAGACACAAGAAUUGAAAGAAGAAGACAAGAAAAAUACAUUUGUUUUAAAGCAUAUGAGUAACAACGAAAUUGAAGCCAUCAGAAAAGUAUCUCAGAAGAAUGAGAACCUCAGUGAGAAACUCAUGGCCCCUACUCCUGGAGCCAGAAAUCUACUACGGCACAUGGCUCAAGGAGAAACCGAAAAAAAGAUCCAGUCAGGAGAGAUUGUUAGCGUAUCAGCCAAAGAUUUACUUUCCAUGACACAUCAGAAACUUCAAGCAAAUAAAAAUAAUAUUUUGGGAAAAUCUAGACUUUCAGUGUCACCGUCACUGCAGAUCAAAGAUUCAUCAUUAAAAUCAAGGUUGUCCAUUUCUCCAUCUGCUGGCCCCAAAUUAGGUAGAGGGCUUGAUUCUGGAAAUGACAUAGAUUUGGAAAUCUCGCCCCCUCCGAGUGUGGCUAAGUUUAAAGCCAUGGCACUGAUCCAAGCCAAAGGUGGAAUCCAGGCAUCAAAGCCCAAUGCAGUAAGGAACACAGCCAAAGCAUCUGAUCCAGAAUUUCAGGAGAAGGUCAGAAAGAGAAUAAGUACAGCUUCAUAUUCUUCAGAUGAUGAAAAUCAAGAAAGAAAGAGAUCUAGAUUAUCAUCCACAAUGGAAAGGGAACCAUCACAGUCAAAGCUUAGUUCCGUUGACAUUAACUCAGAAAAAUUUAAGGCCAUGGUGGCACAGAGGUCCAGCCACACCAAUUUAGUUGAUGUAGUGGAGAAUGAGGCUUUGGAAAAAUACUAUCAAGGUCUAGAGAAAAAGGAAAUGUUGGAAGAUAAAAUGGCCUCCAUCAUGGAAAUUCCCACAACUGCUUAUGUUUGCAUCAAGUGCAAAUACCUUGCCCAGUCUGCCUCCGACUUUUGUAGAGAGGAAAACCAUCCAUUAAAGGCUGUGAAAGCUAAGAAGAGAUUCUUUGAAUGUAAAAAUUGCAAGAGAAGAACCACCUCUCUCGACAAACUGCCAAGAAAUCCUUGCUCAACUUGUGAUCAUAGUUCAUGGCAAAGGGUUGCCAUGGGCAAGGCAAAGACAGGACCCAAACUAGACUCUGAAAUUUUAUCGUUGAGGGGAGAUGAGCUCAGCCAUUAUACUGCUUCCAGUGACAAAGUGUAUUUACAUGUGUAGUUCAACUGUUAGAUUUUAGCUUAAUAAUUUGAGGUAGUAUGUACAAAUUUUAAAUUAUUUGUUUAGGUACAUUUUUAAAAUUUCAAU